AUGGCUGAUGACAAUAAAGCAAACCAAAAACGGUACAAAUGUGAAGUAUGUGGUAAGGAAUUCGGAAGUUCAAGCAAUCUGAAACGCCAUAAGAUGAUACAUGCCAAUAAAAGAUAUUACAUAUGUGAGGUAUGCAAUAAAGCGUUCAAAAGAUCCAACAAACUGAUGAGCCACCAAAUGAAGCACGGAAACGAACGACCAUUCAAAUGUUACGUGUGCAAUAAAACAUUCAAACGGUUGAACGAUUUGAAGGAACACAAUUUGACGCACAGAAACGAACGACCAUUCAAAUGUUAUGUGUGCAAUAAAGCAUUUAAACGGUCCGGUGAUUUGAAGAAACACAAUUUGACACACAGAAACGAACGACCAAUCAAAUGUUACAUGUGUAAUAAAACAUUCAAAGUAUCCAGGAAUCUGAGGAAGCACAUAUUGACGUAUGGAAACAUACGGUCAUUCGAAUGUAAAGAAUGUGGUAAGAAUUUCACUCAGAAAAGAAAUUUGAAUAGACAAAUGGAAGUGGAUAAAAGUUCGGAUGAAAAACUCUAUUCUACAAUAAGCUCCUCAGUGAUAUGGAUAUCAGAUAUCAUUGACACAGAAAUAUCAAUAAGGGAUAUAAUUACAUUCGCAGGACUAUAA